AUGUCUCAUCCACAAAAGUCCGAUACUCUCGCUUCAAUUCAGGAACUCAACGCAGCUCUCCAAAAUCUCACUGUAGAAAGCCCCAGGCUCGGGUUUCUAUCCCUAUCCGGUGAACUUCGGAACAAAAUAUAUUCAUACCUCGCCAAUGAACGUAUAAACCACGACGCUCCCGUCAACUCAGAGACCACAUCAUUCUCCUCGACCCCAAACUACCUGCACACGCCCGCACACCAGAUCAUGCUGUAUUACGAGAACAAAGAUGACGUUCUAUACGAACCUCCAGAAUGGAACACUAUACAACGCUACGACAUGGGCAUCACACAGACCUGCCAUCAAAUACGAGAGGAAUACGAAGCCACUUAUCGCCAAAACCACUCAAUGUCCAUCUCGCUCGACGCCCUUGUAACCAGCACCGCCUCCCGUGAUCCCGAACAGCCUCCCAUCCUUCCUUUAGGCAGCGUACGCAUCACGGUCCGAGAGUCCUCGUGGUCAACACCCAACAUCGACAUUCUCCCUUUUCUGAAGGCAUAUAAGAACUUCCCGUCCUUGAAGCUGCACUUCGAACUCCCCAAACACGCGCGGACUGCUUUUGGCGAUGUAUUCAGCGUGAGGGAGAAUAAUAAGUGGUGGGUCGGUGUUGAGGAGCAUGUCGCGUUUAUACAUGUGUGGCCUGAGGUAUAUGGUGAGAAAGCUAAAGUCGGGAUUACGGUUACCAAGGAGUUUGAGAUGAAGCGGAGGAAGGGAAGGAUGGGAGUUCAGAAAGGUUGGGAUGCUUUAAGGGACGGGACCCGACGAAACGAGAAUACCGGUAUCAAGAGGAUGUUUACACCCGUCGAGACUUCCAUCGGCGCCUUUCUGCUACACCAAGCGACUAGCAACCUCCUCUAUCAGAAUGGCGAUAUUCUGGGACUCAGCGGCUAUCUGCGUCGACUCUUCUCUGCGCCUACGAAGGAACUGCUCGCGUUCUUCACGGGCAUGGCUGCCAGCUAUGUUCCGUUGAAGGCAUUAGCACCGCAGUUGAUCACGGAGUAUCCUGCUGUACAGACAAGUCCACAGAGUGCUCUGUUUACGCUAGCGAUUGGUGCUCUGAUAGGAUGGGGAACAAAGACAACCGCAUCUCUUCUCGUACUCGCCACAUUCAGCAUCUUCGCCGCGCGAACCAUACCCAAACUCGUAGCCCAGGUCACAGUCGCGCCCGCAACCAAGGAUGCCAAACAUCAGCCCUCAGACACACAUACUGCUGCACGCCUUACGACGCAGUCCUUCUCAGGUCUUCUCUUCGCUCUCGGUCUUCACAUUUCGCAGAUGUCGCACCCCGAAAAGGUAGCCGCUUUCUUCUCUUUCCCGAACUUGCAACAUUGGGACCCGUCACUCGCUCUGGUCAUACUCUUCGGCGUCCUGCCCAACCUGAUCGAGAACCAGAUGAAAGGCUUCACCAGCCCGCCAUCGUUCGCCGACAAGUUUUCGCUGCCUACGAAAACACUACAAGAUGUGGAUAUAAGAUUCGUUGUCGGAGCUGCAGCUUUUGGUAUUGGCUGGGGCUUGACGGGAAUUUGUCCUGGUCCGGCGGUGCUUCGAGCUUUCUUUCAGCCGGUUUGGGGAGCGUUGUGGGUUGGUGGCUUCUGGCUGGGAGGUAAAUUGAACAUUUGA